AGUCCAACCCUGGGUAUGAAGAACCAGGAGACAGAGACUAUAGUCGGGAAUAUCAGCAACAGCAAGGCGGGGUGGGGCGAGCACGGGUGUGCUGCGGGCUGGGAUGUGAUGGGGCAGGGUUGGGGACGGCAGGGCGAGGAGGUUGUAAUCCCUCCCUCUUCCAGGCCUCUGCCAAACUCUUAGACGCCGCAUUCGUUCCGCCUGGAGCCACACAGUGAGCUGAAGGUCCAUGAAGCCCUGGGGGCAGAAGGGCUUCGAGUGGAGCGGCGGGAUGGAGCAGGCUUUAGGGGCGUCCUGUUUCCCUACCCAAUACUGGAGUCUCCUAAUUCAGGUACGAGUAUGCAGGAUCAAGAUGUGGGGAAACAAGAAACCCUCUGUCCGGGAGGGGGCGGGCCUAACCGUGCCACCAGGCCCAUCGGAGAGAUCCAGACGGAGUUCCCACGCGAUUUGAACCUUCGCCGAGACCACCGCAGUUCGUGGUCCUCUCCGAGAGCACGGCGGAGGCGGGGAAGACGCCCGACCGCGUGAAGGGCGGGCUGCCAUCCGCAGGUUCUACAGACCACCACCGCCCACCCCGCCGCCGGGCUGGAGGUGGGAGGGGGGCAGCUCUCCAAGCCCGGCCCUGCGCGGACUCUGGGCUGCGCUCUCGGAUUCCCAGCCCCAUGACAGCCGGUUGCUCUGGGGAUGGCGAGGAGAGGUGGGCGGCACUGGCGCGCCGAGCCUAGCUGGACUCCUGAGGGGUCCCACUCUGUUUUUCUCCACUGGAAAAGAAGUCUACGAAGGCGCCAGGCAGAGGCGCCAAAGGGGAACUAAGGCCCAAGGGAGGACCAGGGUAGGGCGACCUGAACCCCUCUAAGCCCUCCCCGGGCACGCAGUGCCCCUCCCACGAGGCCACCCGCCCCGUCCUUGCCGAGCCCCGGGGCUGCGCGUGCGGUCCCUACUUGGGAGCCGGCGCGCCGGGAGCCAUGGAAGCAGCGAACCUCUCGGCGGCCGCCACCGGCGUCGCCCUCCCCUCUGGACCCGAGGCCUCCAACAGCAGCCCAAGCCCCGGCGCGGUCGUCAGGUCGACCCCAGGCGGCGCUGCCCUGCCUGGCCGACAGCCGCCCUUCUCAGUCUUCACGGUGCUGGUGGUGACGCUGCUGGUGCUGCUGAUCGCGGCCACUUUCCUGUGGAACCUGCUGGUUCUGGUCACCAUCCUGCGCGUCCGCGCCUUCCAUCGUGUGCCACAUAACUUGGUGGCCUCGACGGCUGUGUCAGACGUGCUAGUGGCAGCGCUAGUGAUGCCACUGAGCCUGGUGAGCGAGCUGUCGGCCGGACGACGCUGGUGGCUGGGCAGGAGCCUGUGCCACGUGUGGAUCUCCUUCGAUGUGCUGUGCUGCACCGCCAGCAUCUGGAACGUGGCGGCCAUCGCCCUGGACCGCUACUGGACCAUCACGCGCCACCUGCAGUACCCGCUGCGCACCCGCCGCCGCGCCUCCGCGCUCAUGAUCGCGCUCACCUGGGCGCUCUCGGCGCUCAUCGCCCUCGCGCCGCUGCUCAUUGGCUGGGGUGAGGCGUACGACGCUCAGCUCCAGCGCUGCCAGGUGAGCCAGGAACCCUCCUAUGUCGUCUUCUCCACCUGCGGCGCCUUCUACCUGCCGCUUGGCGUGGUGCUAUUUGUCUACUGGAAGAUCUACAAGGCGGCCAAGUUUCGCUUCGGCCGCCACCGCAGGGCUGUGCUGCCGUUGCCGGCCACCGUGCAGGUGAAGGAGGCACCUCACGAGGCUGAGAUGGUGUUCAAGGCGCGUCGCCCGACACUGACCUUUCAGGAAAGUGGAGACUCGUGGUGGGAGCGGAAGGAGAAGCGGGCGGCCAUGAUGGUGGGCAUCCUCAUGGGCAUGUUUGUGCUGUGCUGGAGCCCCUUCUUCCUCACAGAGCUCAUCAGCCCCCUCUGCGCCUGCAGCCUGCCCCCCAUCUGGAAAAGCAUCUUCCUGUGGCUGGGCUACUCCAAUUCUUUCUUCAACCCCCUGAUUUACACAGCAUUUAGCAAGAACUACAGCAACGCCUUCAAAAGCCUCUUCACCAAGCGGAGAUGAACACAAAGCUUGGAAAGACUGUGGGUAGAGUUGUGCGGAGGGAACUUGUGUUUCUCCCCCUUACCAGUGAUGCGCGAGCCUUCCCCCCACAGCUGAGAAUUAAUGACAUCUGAGAGCCAUACCACUGGGCCUGGACUGUAGGUGCAGCAAUGCCAAAGGCUCUUCAGAA